AUGGCUGAUAGCUCAGUAAAGCUCACAGAAGGGCAACUUAAAGUUCUGAGACUUGCAGAAAGUGGUCAUAACAUUUGCGUAAUUGGGAAAGCUGGUGUCGGCAAAACCACGGUGGUAAGGGAAAUAAUAAAAAAUAUAUCGUCGCAACGAAAAACGUGCUACGUUGUAUGCGCGAGUGGAGUGUCAUGUGAACCAUACAACGGUGUUGCAAAAACAAUACAUUCCCAAUAUGGACUGCAAACAUGCGAACUUCCUGCACCACUGCUAAUUGAGAGGGCUUUGGGAAGAAAGAACAUCGUUGAUGAUAUUACCGAUAUGGAUGUUUUAAUUUGGGACGAAAUAUCGAUGUCUAGUCAACGAAUCUUUGAACUUGUCAAUAUUCUGCAUCACAUGAUAUCGAAGAACGCCUUACCGUUUGGUGGUAUUCAGGUAAUUUUGGUCGGAGAUUUUUGGCAGUUGAAACCAAUUCGUACUUUGUUGGAUAGAGGUAGCCCAGUUUUCCAUUCAAAAUUGUUCAACGAAGCAUUUCCGCAUCGAGUUGAAUUGAAAGAAGUAAAAAGGCAGCACGAAUCAGAAAUUCGACUGAAGAAAGCGUUAGAUGAUGUGCGAGCAGGAGGAUGUGAUGAAGAUACCGAAACGUACUUCAGUAGCUUAAACAGAGAGCCAUGCUGUGACUCUAACGAUUUGGUGCAUAUCUAUUUUAGAAAGCUACCAGUGGAAGUACACAACAUUGAUGUUCUAUCGAGUCUUCCAGGGAAUUUCCUUAUUUUGAAAAGUACUGAUACUGGAUGCGCCCAGUACCUUGAACAUACGAUAAGCAAUGUUCUCACAUUGAAAGAGGGAUGCAACGUUAUGCUACUAUACAAUAUAAACAAGCAUUUAAGAAAUGGCUACAGAGGGAAGUUUAUUGGACUUGAAAGUAAAGAACCCGGCGAGGAUCAACGUCUUCUUGUGAAUUUUUCAACAAUUGGAACUGUAGCUAUCGAGCGUAGAACUUGGUACAAACAUGACAAGAGUGGUGUGGUAAAAGCCAGUAGGACCCAAUUUCCGCUCACACCGUGUUACGCAAUGACAGUUCACAAAGCCCAAAGUUUGACAUUGGACGCAGCUGUUGUGCACUGUUCCCUGGAAUUCGUGUCUGGACAAACCUACGUUGCCCUAUCGAGAGUGAGGGAAGAAGCUUCACUGCAGGUGAUUGGGUUUCAACGGAAGUUCUUACUCCCUGUACCAACCGAAUUGCUGUCUUUAUCCGUUAGUCAACGUGACACAGAUCCAACUUUUCACUGCUGUAAGAACACCCACCUUGAAGAUAGCUUUUUCCAGUGCGCAGAAGAAGACGGAAAUGAUGGAGAAAGCGAUGCAAUCGGUGCCGAACAACUAAUACUUGUGCGCACAAUCGAUGAAGAAUGCCCAGCAAAGAAAUUUUUUGAAACCAACGAUGGAGUUACAGUCAACCUGGAAGAUGUUCUUUUGUGCUUGUGUGACUUUGAAAGCAAAUUAACUGCUCUUCCAACCUGUUAUUCAAUUAAGGAUUUUCUCCAGAAAAUUCUAAACGCUGCUUAUGAUGAUCCCUUCAGUAAGUCAAUCAAAUCAGCAGCGCAAUAUGGAAUUGAUAACCUGGAGGCUUUUGAAUUACUAGUGAGAAUACUUUGGUGCCGAAUUUUUGAACUAUUUCGAGAUUAUUUGUCGGAGAACGGGGAAGAGGUACACAUGACGAACCGGGAUUUUACAGCUACUACCACUAAAUUGCACGAACUAUUCCUGACCCAAGAGUAUCGAAGUGAUCUGAUUACUUCUUUCGGAGUUUCAUGUUGGUCAGACAUAAACGACGGUCAGAGAACAUUGGGUUUCGAGUUGGUAUUCAGCCUGUUCAAACUGUUUGCAGAUGAACUAGGAAAUUUAGUUCGCACCAGAGAGGAAGAAGAGGCUCUUCCCUUUAAGGUAGACGAAAUGGGAGCAGACGGACGGGGAAAAGUGCGUUAUGUUGGAGGAUGGGCUGUAAGGAAGUCACUAGAGAAAUCACGCAGGUAUGCUGACUGAAAUUUUACCCGCAGUAAAGAAUAGUUUGGCGAGAGGUUGCGUCAAAACUACAUACGUAGAAAAAAAUGUGUACACUUUAAACGAAUAACCGUUGAUUAUAUUUAACGUCUAUUUUACAGUUUACACACAAAUCCAUGACAGAUAUUACUUUGUCUAUGUCCUGUCAGUUUCUUGGUAUUUUUCAAAAAUUAAAUUAGUUACUCAUUAAAAAGCGCUUAAGAGUUUUAUACAAUCCGCCGCAGGUGGUUAAAUUAGCCAUUCGGAAGUUGAUGAGUGGACUGGGGACGAGUGUUAAAAAGUGCCCAAAUUAAGAAAUGAACCGAAUCACUAAAAAGACCACCUCAAAAUUAAGUAUACAAAGUUUGAAGACGUUUACAUCCUUCGAAUUCGAAUAAUAAGUUUUCGAAAAUUGUGAUAUUUACUAUGAAGACUAUGAAAUGUAUUGUAAUUUUUAUUUUUGGGACGUGCGUCCCAAAAACAAUCUUUUAAUCAGUAAUUUUACAGUUUUCGAAAGCUUAUUAUUCGAAGGGUAUUCAUGUAAACGUCUUCAAAUUUUGUAUACUUACUAAUUUAAAGUUGGUCUUUUUAGUGAUUUGUUUCAUUUCUUAAUUUGGGCACUUUUUAACACUUGUUCCCAGUCCACUCAUCAACUUCGGAAUGGCUAAUAGUAAAUUUGAAUCCUAUAAGCGUCGAAUUGACCAUUAAAUAGGCAGACGUUAUUUAGACCAAAGAAAGAGAAAUACAGUGCUCGAACAAAAAGUAUUGUGCCGAUCGAUCAUAUGAUUUGGGACUUUACAAUUUCUCAUAUUAAUGAUGAUAUCUAUUAAUUUCAAUAGGUACGUACAUGAAAACAAGUUGUCACAGUCGUUACACGUACGGAGGAAGAUAACUCAUGAAAUGAAGAAGAUAGAGCUUAUUGAAAACAAUGUGAUUGUUAACCAUCAAGUUCUUCGAGAGUCUACGGAAAGUCCCGAAACCCUGCACGUUAUCGAGUCACGCCAGUAUCGUGAGCGAGGCUUAUUUCACAUCAGUGAUGCUGCAUACUCCUUUUUUUUGUUGCUGGAACAAGAACGUGUUGACAGAAUAAACUUUUCAAAGCUGGCUCACUUACAAAAAGACAUGAUUGAUGACUCAAUUGAACAAGUGUCGAACAGCCAAUCUCUCUUUAGUCACUUCAAGAAUACAUUUGACUCGGAAACUGCUCUGGACAAGGUAAGAAGAAUUUAUUCGUGAAGCUCGAAUAACCGAAAAUAUUGUUUUGAAAUGAGGAUAAUUGUUUAGCAUUUAUGCAUGCCCUUCACUUUAAUGAUCGAUAUUCGCUUCUGUGGCGAGUGUUUAACUUUCAAAUAAUUACGGUGGCAUUCGAUUGCGGUCAAAAAGGAUAACAGUGAGCUCAAGCAAGCGACGUUUUUGUCAAUAAUUUGCCGAGGAGUGAUUUGCAUCAGUUUGUGGUAAUCUUCAUUUCUUAUCGUGAGCGCUUUGAUGUCUGAUGCAAAAUGCAGCCAAAUUUACAACCUCGUCCCCAGGGCAUUUUGCCUCCACGACUGAAGGUCGGCGACCUUAGUUAUCAAUUUUCGGGUGACAUAUUUUAUAAUUCUUUCAGGAAUUAGUUAUGGAUAUCUAUAAAGAUGUGGUAACGCGUUACUUGAAGAUGGGUGCAGGUCAGUUCUUGCGAGAUUUUCGACGCGAUUACCAUAUAAAGAAAUCUCUGGCUCAUCGCAAGUCACUGAUGUUGAAAAAAGAAAAAGCUAAAAAAGGUCGAAUGAAAGUUCAUGUCACUCAGAUUGAACAAGAUAGGAGCGAUGGAAAACGAUCUUCGCAUAUACGUCUACUGGCUCUCAUCAAUGAAGUGAAAGAAGAUAUUAAGAGCUACUACAAGAAAGUCGAGUUACAGCAUCUGUGCGAUGCCUACCAAGUGAGGUUCCUUACAAGUUGGAACAAAGAACGACUAGCGAAGGCCUUGGUCCAAGCAAUCCCUGAAUACGAUCAUAUCCCAUGUCACCAGGUAACAUCAACCUAUACAGUAGGAACAGUUGUGACCGAUGCACCCGACCGAAUUCCUGUGUUAAGAUUACGACGGGUAUAGCGACACAGUUUUCUAUAUCGUUUAUUGUUUACAAUAUUUCAUUCACCAGCUGUAAACAUGAUAUACGUAUAUAAUUAUAUAAUACGUACAACUACAGGCUGUACUUUCUAGUUUUAAUACCCAUUUUAGGCAAUUAAAGUUUUCAUAAAAGUUAGGGAUUGAUUACAUGGGAUUUCGAAGAAGUGGAAUUUGUAAAUUCGUGAAAUGUGAAUUUGAGGUGAAAUUUGUUGUAACUCAGCCUGGCUUAAAAUUUGCUAUGUAAGCGUUAAACAAUUUUGCCUCGGUGAACCGGGUUGAAAUACAUCCCGCGGAUUGCAAUCUCUCCAUGUAAUCAGCACCCAUAAAAUGUUCAACCCAUGUCACAUGCAUGUUUAAACAACAUGACACAUGUUCAAGUAAUUCUGAUCUGGAAAACGCACCUGAAGCUAUUUAACAGUUAUUCUACGAACUCGAGUCGAAUAUGAGCUGAUAGCCGAUGAGGCGCGUAGCGCCGAAUCGGCUAUCGCUCAUAUUCGACGAGAGUGAGUGGAAUAACUGUUUUAUUAUAUACACAAGGUCUGAAUUCACAGACUUUACUUUUCGAAUAUUUUCAAUAUUUUUCUAUUUUGUUUAUGUUUUUUAUCUUCGCUCUUUCGGCCGAUUAUUUUUUCCAAAAUAUAUAUUUUUAACCAUUUUAAAUAUUAAAAAUUUAUUUGCUAACCUGAAAACA